AUGAAGCUCCUCUUUUUCUUCACCACCACCUUGGUUUACCUCUCGGCACACGUAUGCGCAUAUGGCCUUGCAGGAGGCUACGAGCGCAUGUAUUUCUACUAUGCCUACCUUCUCGAUGCUACUGCAAACACGACGCCACAAAAAAUAAGUUCUCUCUGCGGAAAACGGUUUGGCACCGAUAUCUGCUCCUUUCAUCAAUUUCUCAAAUAUAUCAAUAUUCCAUUCCCUACCGAUCAAGAGCUUGCACUUGCAGGAAUCAGUAAUGCCGAGGAACCAGACAUUGAAACAACAGCAAAUGCUCUAGGCGCGGUGAAACGCCUCAGUGGGACUGUCAAUCCCGGCAGAGUCCUCGAAGGAGACUGGAACUGCUAUGCCGAUGUCUUCCCACAGGUGGGCAGUGUUAUCGAAGGAUGCACAACCAAGAUCCUGUUGCUCGACGAUGAAGAUGAAAGACGUGGGAUAGGCCUAACACUGCUUAGAAAAUGCCAAGUCUCAAUAAAUGCUGCACAAGCUGCACGGCAAACAGCAUCAUCAAAUACAUUGAUCAACGAGGAAUUACGAUCAAUUAUUGGAGUUGACGGGGAGAUUAUAUAUAAAUCAAACGUGGUUACAUUAGACACUGGAAGAUCUGUAGACUUUCCAUUCAUCGAUUUGGAGGCUACGGCGAUGCUCGAAGCAAACAAUGAUAAGACAAAAGCCAUCAAAGCAGCUCUGAAAAGCUUCAAAGCCAGCGACAAAUCCAAUGGGGAUGGGCAUUUAAAAGCUAUUGAUGCGAUGACGAUUGUAAGAUCAAAUAUUGGUUGUAUAGAUGGAUAGUUUUGCGGUAAAUGAGGCGAACCAUUGUGGGAUAUAGUACUUGAAAGGACCUGUAGCAAGUAACAUAUACCG